UGUUAAACAUUAAAAGGUAUUUUUGAAAUUAAUAUUUUCAAAAUGAUGCGCGUGGGGUUUACGCAAAAGAUUCACCCAGAUACUGCUUGUUUAUCACACUCUGAAUAUACCUGAUCUAAUUUUUUUAUUACAACGCAAGCAAUGGAAUCCAAAGAAAAUCAAGAAAACAUGAAAGAACCCAAUCAAACUAUACGACCGAAAUCAUUAAAACCCGAGGAUAAUGACGACAACGACGACGAUAUAUCUCAACAAAUGACGGCGUCUUACAGCGAAAUUUCAUUCAAAUCUGGAUUGAGCCCUGAUGAGCCCAAUGAUGUGUUAAAGAGGCCGGUUACGCUGUGUGAUGAUACCAAAGGCUUGGGGCCACUUACUUUAGAAGGUAUUGUUCAUAUUGAAGGGAACAUGACUCAUUUUGUUGCUGAAGAUCUUGAAUAUAAAAUUAAAAUAUCUAGUCCGCAAGCAAAGAACACUCCCACACAUAGCAGGCACCCUAAACAAAUUGGAAGUUUGGAUGUAGGACUCUUAAAUGAUUUAGAGAUUGAAGCGCAGCAUUUAGCUACAUCUGUGGAUAAUCUUACAGAAAAUUUGUGUGGUAUUUUACAUUCAAUAUCAUCAAUUACUGCAGAUAAUGUGGAUGUAUACAAAAAUGCCGUUUCUAAGAUGUCUGAUGAUAUGGAUGCUAACAUAAAAAGCAUGUAUACCAUGAUGGCAAAAGCAGAAGAAGUGACGCAAACUAUGAAGUCUGUUGAUGCGCAUGCAAAUAGAGUAAAAGAAAUCAAGAGAUUGGUUGAUUUAUUUGAAAGUUAUUUGUAA